AUGUGCAAGAACUGUUUCAACAUCCACGCCACUUGGAUCCCCAAGGACGUCACCGACCUCGUUAUUCAAGCAUUCAACGGAGUCCCCCACUUUUACGCAAGGCACACCGGAGGCCUUCCCUUCUCCUUUAGUUGGGAACCUAACCAGUUCAAGUACUUCUUCUUCCACUGGUUCCAUGCUUAUCAUAGUUACGACCUGAAGUUCAAGGCACAAGCCAUCUACGAAAUGAAGCUCGUAAACUUAGCGAGAUGGCAUGACUUUGACACUUUUGACCUUGCCUAUUCUGGCGUCACUUCUACUCGUGCCGUCUUGAUAGCUGACAUGAGGUUAUUCGGCAAGAUGCCUCCAUCAAAGGCUCAGAAUAUUGAUCUUUCGGAGCAUUUUGCAAAGCAAGUUGCCUCUGCCAAGAAGCUCUCUGCUUCAAGAGCGGUAGAGAAACCAAGAACUGCGCCCUCUUUUUCUGUGGACCAAGGUCCUAAAGGGUUUUUGCAGAUUCUCUACAAGCAAGGACCCCAAUUCUUGCCUGGUGACUUCCCAUGCUUCAGACACGCUACCAGUGAGAAGCAGCACGAAGCAUUCCUUCCUUGUGAUUUCUACAAAUUCAAGGAAAUUUUCAACGAGGACCAAGAGGAGUGCUUCCUUCCUUGUAACUUCUAUAAGUUCAAGGAAAUGCUCAGCGAGCAUGAGAAGGAAACCUUCCUUCCUUGUGACUUCUAUAAGUUCAAGGACAUUUUCAAUGAGGAUCAAAAGGAAACUCUCCUUCCUUGUAAUUUCUACAAGUUCAAGGAAAUGUUGAGCGAGCAUCAAAAGCAGACCUUCCUUCCUUGUAACUUCUACAAAUACAAGGAAAUGCUCAGCGAAAAUCAAAAGGUUACUUUCCUUCCUUGCAACUUCUACAAGUUCAAGGAGAUUUUCAGCGAAAGUCGCCAGAAGAAUUUCCUCCCCAUUGACUUUUACAAGUUCAAGGAAAUCUUCCGUGAAGAAAGCCCCGAAAGCUUCCUUCCCAUCGACUUCUACAAGUACAAGGAGUACACCAACGACGAGCAGGCACUCGAGUACCUUCCUCGUGACUUUUUCAAGUACGUUGAAACCAUCUACCCCAAGUGCUCCCGUACUUACCUUCCCAAGGAUUUCUACAGGUUUGAGGACUCCCUCAAGGAGACACAGCCCUCCUUCUUCAUGCCUGGAGAUUUUCCACAUUUCGAGAAGCUUCUUUCCGAGAAUUGUCACCCUGGAUCGCCACGCCAUGCUGGUACCACAGAAGGUGCCAACCACAAUCUCGGAGCUAGGAAGUUCUUUCUCCCUAGAGACUUUCACAGUUUCUACAGGACCUGGACAAGGGAAGACUAUGUUCCGCAAUUGGAGCGUAAGAGCCUGAAGAAGACUUCGAAGCCGAAGAAGUCUUCGAGAAAGCUCUCCAAGAAGCAUCGUCUUGUGAGUUUCUUGCGCAGCCUUCGACCUUCCCGGGUCCGCUAG